AUGUAUGCAGCCUGGAGAUAAAAAUUAAUCGUUAUUAAAACAUAUACCAUUAAUACAUUUGUAUUAAUGAUAUUUGUCCCAUAUACGAAAAACUGUGUUGAGCCCUGGUGCAACUGCAAUAACAGGUUUAGGGAUGUUACGGCGUCCCAAACCCACAGACUCUGAGUCAGACCUGCUCCAGGAGCAGGAGCACUUUUUAGCUUCAGGCGGUACACCUGCGGCCAGCAUUGUGCGUAGACCCGACAAGCGCAGAGGGGACGUUGGUUCUGAAGACAGCAAGACAGAGUCUGACACAAACUCAAGAGAUGUUGUUGAAAUAGAAGAUCUUCCGGAUGAGCUGCCCACUCUGACCCCAGCACCCCCAAAGAAAUCACGAUCACAGAAGAAGGAGCAAGUGCAUUUUGAAAAUGCAGAUGUCGAAGAGUUGCUGGACAUACAUGAUACUCACAUCAGUGUCGUUCUCUCCAAGAUUGUUGAGAGAGACACCACUGAUGUACCUGUGUUGCUGCCAAAUUUCACAAGCACAGCUUUUCCCAAAGUCCUACACCGUUCUACAGUCGACAAGCAGGUUACUGCACCUGGAGGUAGGAAAAGUAUUUUUGCACGCCAAAACGCUGCACAGAAAGCUAAAGCAGGAUGCGUAGGGUCAAAAGUCAGCGUCCAGCAGGCCUCAGUUUUUCCUGUCCAAGACAGUGUUGAUGGCCCUUUACUGGUGUCAGGGCAGGGGCUCGGCCCAAACAGCACUGCAGAAACAUUGAAGAUCCACCAGGAGAACCAGGACAAGCUGCGAAAUAUGUCUCAGAGCGAGAUUCUGGCGGAGCAGAAAGCCUUGCUGGCACAGCUAGAUUUAAGACUUGUUGACUUCGUGAGGUCACGAAAGGCUGAGAAAAGCUCACCUCAAUCACAACCUACAGUUCAAAGCAGAGCUCCAAAGUUUCAUUUUACAGAGGCAGAAUCUGAAUCUCAGGAGGUCACAAUGGAUGCUGAUGAGGAGGAUGAGACUGAAACUGUAGUUCAGCCUCCAAUCACUGUGGAUGAGCUACCAGUCAAACCUCAGAAGGAUUGGGUACACAUGAAUACAUUGGAACCAGAGAAACUGCAAUGGAUGAGGGAUGUGCCUGCCCCUAGAAGGAAAGGCACCAAACAGGCUAUGCAGGCCCGUUUUGACUUUUCUGGUUCCCUUAUCCCCCCAUCAAAAGACUUACCCACUCAUCUUGGCCUGCAUCACCACGGAGAAGAACCAGAGCUGGCAGGCUACUCGCUGCAGGAGCUUUUCAUUCUCUCGCGUAGUCAGAUGACCCAGCAGAGGAGCCUGGCUCUCAACACUCUGGCUCACAUCCUGUCAAAGGCCCGUGCUGGGGAGUACUCAUCAUAUCUGAAGGGAAGUGUUCUUUCUUCCCUGUUGGAUGCUGGACUCCUUUUUCUCCUGCGCUUUGCUUUGGAUGACGGUGUGGAGGGUGUGAUGUCUGCUGCCAUACGGGCCAUGCAGGCACUGCUGGUUUCCCCUGAAGAUGAGGAGUGUCUAGACAACACAUUUCACUGGUUGCUAGGAAUGGCAGCCUUUCCCUUGCUGCCCUCUGCUCAAGAGGAGGAAGACGAGGAUGAUGAGGGUCUGGAUGAGUUCCUAAAGGAAACAAAAAAAGAGAAUGAGGAGAAAAAGCCAGACCAUGAUGUUGCUCGACAGGAUGUUGUAAAGGGUUUGUUGAGGAUGCAGUUUCUUCAGAGGUUGCGCUACAUUCUUGAGGUGGUACGACCUGCACCAAACACGGUUCUCAAUAUUUUAGAGGUUCUGAUCCGAAUUGCUCGCCACUCGACCUCCACAGCCACACAGAUCCUUGAUUGUCCCCGACUGAUGAGCACUGUGAUGUCGGAGUUCCUUCCGUGCUCAUGGACACCGCAGACCUCGCCAGCUUCCCCCUCAUUAUAUGGCUUGCCUGUUUCAAUGGCUAUGAAACUGCUCCGUGUUUUGGCCAGUGCUGGGAGGCACGCCUGCGCCAGAAUAAUCAACUCUUUAGGUGGAAGGGAGCGUCUGUCUCGAUUCCUGUCAGUAGAACCACCAGAGCUGCUGCUUGAGCCAAGGGAAGCAGUUUGCUGUAGCAUUGAGGCACUGAAGCUAUGGGCUGUGGCUGCGAGCUAUGGUCAGGCCUGCAACCUCUACAUAGACCUGUACCCAGUGCUGGUGAAGACACUGCAGGCUGCACAUAAACCCCACUCUGUUUCUGAAAUUCUGCUAAACUUGGAGCUCCACAGAAUACAGGCCCUGUUGGUUCUGCUCACUCAGGUCACACAAACUGCCGGCUGCCACCAGGAGUUACAGAGCACUAUGCUCAGCUCUCAGGGUGCAGAGUGUCGUCCUCCACCUCCAGUCACAUGGAGUCAUGUGACAGGCCUGCAACCCACUCUGAUUGGCUUACUGAAAGGCUGUGUGAGAGAACUGGAUGACCUGAGUCAAAGGCCGAGCGCCCUGUGCCUGCUGCCGUCUUACCUGAUCUACACUGGAGCAUAUUACUCUCAGCUUAAAGUGCAAGACUCGUUCCAGCCUGUGCAGUGUCUUGAGGAAAUAGAAGCCCUGACCACAGAUGUACUUCUCCCUCUUAUUUCACAUCAGGUCAUGCACAGCAUGAUGGAAGGCCUCAGGUCAAGCUCUGUAAUAUGUAAACCUUUAUUAGGAGCUUUGGGUUUGGACAUUCCCAGUCUGCCAUGUUUGGGCUGCUCCAGGAUUAAGACUACCAGCCUGGUGGGAUCAGACUCACCUCUCGCUCUGUCUACUGCUCUGUUUUAUCUACUGGAUGUCAUCACCACUAUCCAUCGAGGCCUCACCAAAAAUUUUGGCGCGCUCAUAACCACAGACUCUGUGCUGACGUACCUGCAAUCAUGUGUUGGUGCGAUGCCCUCUGUGUCUCAUGCCAGUGCCUGGCUUUUGCGCCAUGAGCACAACCUUCUCUAUCUGAUCCUCAGGCUGGCUCACCGACUGGUUCCUAUUGAAGCAGAGGUAAAUAAACACGCUUCCCUGUUUCAUCAAGUGGCCUUGGCUCUGCUGUCCUGGCUGUUUCCUGGAAGUGAAUACCUGGCUCAUGAAAUUGUCUCAACCAUGAUCUUCAGCUAUGAUCUGUUUCCAGAGGCUAGCAGUGGAGGUCCAGAAGCAGCUGCCCUUGCAGAUCUCCAGCUCCAAGAGGCAUCCACCUCUCUACCUGGGGCUGGUGCCCUCCUCCGUGACUCACUCGCUCAGCUUCCCUCUAUCCGUGCCUGCUACCUUACCCAGUUUGCCAACCUGGAGCCUUCUGUGCUCUCCUCUCGUGAGCGCUAUCUCGGCCGCUGUCCUUGGAUCUCUUCUCAGCUACUCCCUGAGCUCUCCGGCCCCUCGCUGCCCUCUGAUUGGCCCUUUUUGCCUCUUGUCAGUUUGUAUGAGCGAGUAGGAGUGUCUCAGGGGGGUGGUCUACGGACCAAAGCGCUUCCUGUCGGCACUGUGCAGUCCCUCACAAACUGUCUGCAGUUGCUUUUUAUCCUUGACAGCUUUAGGGAGCGGGCACUAGAGUCAGUGCCACCUGUGGCAAAGCUGGCACGUCUGAGCUGCAUCUUUUUGUGCUCCAGUGAUCUUUUCCUGGAGAAACCAGUAAAGGAGCUGAUGUGGGUGCUUCUGCGUAGCCUGACGAGGCCAAAACAUUUGGAGGCACUGAACCUCAACUUGGCGCCACCGGGUUUAGCCUCCUUCCAUGAUUUUUACACGGCCCUGCUGACUCAAUACGAGGCCGUUUCAUUUGGUGACACACUCUUCGGCUGCUUCAUCCUCCUGCCACUGCAGAGGCGCUACAAUGUCAGCAUGAGGCUGGCGGUGUUUGGCGAGCAUGUUGCAACACUGCGCUCACUUGGGGUCAUGCUAGAGCAGCUGCCCAUAGCUUUGGAGAACUUCACCUCCCCUCCUGAGAACAACCUGCCUCUACUGCAGCUCUAUUUCCGUGCUCUGGUAACUGGAGCACUGAGGAGAAACUGGUGUCCUGUGCUGUACGCUGUAGCCGUUGCCCACCUCAACAACUUUAUUUUUUCGCAAGAUGAAGUGCUGCAGGAGGUAGAGGCUGCUCGGCGGAGCAUGCUGAGAAAGACUCACUACCUAACAGAUGAGGUGCUGAGGAGCCACAUGCUGCUUUUCCGCCUGCCCCAGCAGCACAGUGAAUUGGGCUUUAGCACUUACCAGCAGCUGCCUCCAAUUCGCGCCCGCAGGCUUCAGAGCAUAGUGGGGACAGAGGAAGGAAGUGCAAGAUAAUGAGAAACUGUCCGAGGCACAUAGAAAGCACUAGAUUCAGAUUUUAAAAACCUACGUGAUGAUAAAAAGCACAGACAGUAAAAUAAAAUUUGGUAAAUAAUA